CAUCGGGCUGGACUCCGGGCAGAGGCACAUCGGGCUGGACUCCGGGCAGAGGCACAUCGGGCUGGACUCCGGGCAGAGGCACAUCAGGCUGGGCCCCCCGGGCGGGGCGACAGGCACCGGGGCCCCCAGGCGGGGCGACAGGCACCGGGCCCCCAGGCGGGGCGACAGGCACCGGGCCCCCAGGCGGGGCGACAGGCACCGGGCCCCCAGGCGGGGCGACAGGCACCGGGCCCCCAGGCGGGGCGACGGGCCUCGGGCCCCCAGGCAGAGCGGCGGGCGCCGGACCCCCAGGCGGAGCGACAGGUCUCGGGCCCCCAGGCGGAGCGGCGGGCGCCGGACCCCCAGGCGGAGCGACAGGUCUCGGGCCCCCAGGCGGAGCGGCGGGCGCCGGACCCCCAGGCGGAGCGACAGGUCUCGAGCUCCCAGGCGGAGCGGCGGGCGCCGGACCCCCAGGCGGAGCGGCGGGGGCGCAGGACCCCCAGGCGGAGCGGCGGGCGCAGGACCCCCAGGCGGAGCGGCGGGCGCAGGACCCCCAGGCGGAGCGGCGGGCGCAGGACCCCCAGGCGGAGCAACAGGUACCGAGGCACGACAGUGGGCUCCGAGUCAACUGGCAUGACCGCCGGCACUGGGUCAGACAUUGGAUCGUCUGGCUGGACAAUGGGCAUCGGGUCACCAGGCAUCAGGUCACUUGGCUCG